GGCGCUCCGCCCGGCAGCUCUGCAGGAUGUUGGGUCGGGGGUAUUAUUAUUAUUACGUAGCUCGGCUUUUCUUGCAAACGUAGUGUCACCUGCUCACUUUUAUCAUGGCUUGUUUACGAGAAGACGAGAAAUAAUCGCCAUGGUUUGGCCGGAGACUUCUCUUGUGUGGUAAUGCGAGCCGUGUCACGCCGCACUGCUGUGAGCCGUCGUGGGUAAACACGGGGCCCGUCGAGCCCCUAAACAUACAUUUUCGUAAAAAAAGAUUUUCUGAUGCUGAGCUGAAGGCGGAGAGCAGCCAUGGCAGAGCAAGACGUCUGUCCUCACCUGGAUUCAAUAGGCGAAGUGACAAAGGAGGACCUCAUCCAGAAGUCCAAGGGAACAUGCCAGUCCUGUGGAGCCGGGGGCCCAAACCUGUGGGCCUGUCUCCAGAGUGACUGCCCUUAUGUCGGUUGUGGAGAGUCCAACUCUGAUCACAGCACGCUGCAUGCACAGGCUAAGAAGCACAAUCUGACAGUGAACCUGACAACCUUCAGGAUCUGGUGCUAUGUGUGCGAGCGGGAGGUGUUUUUGGAUCAGCGGCCGGCCCUGGUACCAGUGCCGGCUGCUCCCCACCACUGCAAAGCCACAGAGCAGGAUGCAGCCCCCUCAGUCGCAGGUCACCCACUAAAAGCAGUACCGAUUGCAGUGGCAGAAGAAGACGGUUCAGAAUCAGAGGAAGACGAGCUUAAACCCAGAGGCUUGACGGGAAUGAAAAAUAUUGGAAAUUCCUGCUACAUGAAUGCCGCUCUUCAAGCCCUGUCCAACUGCCCGCCUCUCACUCAGUUCUUCCUGGACUGCAGUGGGCUUGUCCGGACCGAUAAGAAGCCGGCUCUGUGUAAGAGCUACCAGAAACUCAUCUCAGAGCUCUGGCAUAAGAAACGGCCCAGCUACGUCGUACCAACCAACCUGUCUCAUGGGAUCAAACUGGUGAACCCCAUGUUUCGAGGUUAUGCACAGCAGGACACCCAGGAGUUCCUGCGCUGCCUGAUGGACCAGCUACACGAGGAGCUGAAGGAGCCUCUGACGGAGUGCAACAUGAGCGGGGACGGGAGUGACAUCGAGGAGAGAAGAGACGGGGACCGCUCCCCGUCCGAGGAUGAAUUCCUGUCCUGUGACUCUGGUUCCAGCAGCGACCGAGGGGAGGGAGGAGGGGCGGGUGACGGCGAGCUGCUCUUGCAAGACGAGUGCGACGGGGUGAGGUCGCCGCCUGCAGGGAUGAGGGGUGUCGGUUCGCCGGCAGUGAUUUCUGAGAAAGAGAGGCUGAAGGAAAAGAGGGUGUCCGGCUCCCCGCUACGCGGAGGCUCGCAAGAGAUGGACGAAGAUGCGGAUGUGGACACAGCAGCUGAGGAGGGGCUUCCUGAGAGGGGGGAGGAAGAGGUGCUGGCAGCAGCGCCAAACACAGAGGUCCAAAGCCAAGACAACAACCAGACAUCUAACACAGGUCCAGGGCAGGCACAGAGCACCAACACAUCAGAGCCCGACAACGAAGCGUCGAUGACCCAGCCCCAGUCCACUCCCUGCAGUCCUGUCCGAACCCUUCAGGAGCUGCACCCCAAACUGUCCUCGAGUCCGCCUCGCUCCAGCCCCCUCCGCUCAGCAGGACCUGCGUACUCCUUCAAAAAAGGCUCGGUGAAUCAGGGACGGAUACGUAGCAACCCAGAAGAGCAAAUCAUGAAGCGAUUUGGUGCAAGAGCUCAGCUGUUGCUGAGUUCCAGGAAGAAGAAGCAGUCUCACUAUCGCAGCGUGAUCUCUGAUAUCUUUGAUGGCUCCAUCCUCAGUCUGGUCCAGUGUUUAACUUGUGACAGGGUCUCCACCACAGUAGAAACCUUCCAGGAUUUAUCCCUCCCUAUUCCCGGUAAAGAGGACCUGGCCAAGCUCCAUUCAUCCAUCCAUCAGAACUUGCCCGUCAAGACCGGCGUGUGUCCCGACACUUACGGCUCGCAGGGCUGGAUCACCUACAUCAUGGACUCCAUUCGUCGGUUCGUAGUGUCAUGUAUCCCGAGCUGGUUUUGGGGUCCCAUGGUGACGCUAGAAGACUGCCUCGCUGCCUUUUUUGCUGCAGAUGAACUCAAAGGAGACAACAUGUACAGCUGUGAGCGGUGUAAAAAGUUGAGAAAUGGCAUUAAAUACUGCAAAGUUCUUAAGCUUCCAGAGAUUCUGUGCAUCCACCUGAAGCGUUUCAGGCACGAGGUCAUGUACUCGUUCAAGAUCAGCAGCCAUGUGUCCUUCCCGUUGGAGGGCCUGGACAUGCGGCCUUUCCUGGCGAAAGAGAGCCCAUCUCAAGUCACCACUUACGACCUUCUGUCCGUCAUCUGCCACCACGGCACGGCAGGAAGUGGACACUACAUAGCUUACUGUCAGAAUGUGAUCAAUGGCCAGUGGUACGAGUUUGACGACCAGUAUGUGACAGAAGUCCAUGAGACGGUGGUGCAGAACGCGGAGGCAUAUGUGCUAUUCUACAGGAAAAGUAGCGAGGAAUCGGUAAGAGAGAGACAGAAGGUGGUGGCUUUGGCCAACAUGAAGGAGCCCAGCCUGCUGCAGUUUUACAUCUCCAGAGAAUGGCUGAACAAGUUCAACACCUUCGCCGAGCCGGGCCCCAUCAGCAAUCACACGUUUCUAUGUCAGCAUGGAGGGAUCCCUCCUAAUAAGUAUCAGUACAUCGAUGAUCUGGUCGUGAUCGUUCCCCAGAACGUGUGGGAAUACCUGUACAACAGCUUUGGAGGCGGCCCAGCCGUCAACCACCUGUACAUUUGCGCCAUCUGUCAGGUGGAGAUCGAAACUCUGGCGAAACGCAGGAAAACAGAAAUCGACACUUUCAUCAAGCUGAACAAAGAGUUUCAGGCUGAGGAGGCUCCGACGGUGAUCCUAUGUAUCAGCAUGCAGUGGUUCAGGGAGUGGGAGAGCUUUGUGAAGGGCAAAGAUAAUGAGCCACCGGGUCCCAUCGACAACAGUAGGAUUGGUGUUAUGAAAGGAGGACACAUACAGCUGAAGCAAGGUGCAGACUAUGGUCAGAUCUCAGAGGAGACGUGGCAGUACUUGCUGGGCAUUUACGGCGGAGGCCCUGAGAUUGCAGUGAGACAGACGGUGGCGCUGGCUGACCCCGAGAGCCUUCAUGGGGAGAGGAAGAUUGAGGCAGAAACCAGAGCACUUUGAGAGGAAUGGAGGUCUUCUGAUGCCCACUCCUGUCCUCACAAGAAGCUGAGGAAUUUGCACCUUGGUGGAGAGGCCCCUUUGUAUAUGUAGCGAUGUAUUAUUUUGAUGCAGCGCCGCAAAGAGGAGGAAACGGUACUUCGGUAGCGUGUAACUUAUUGGAUAACUCAGAUCUUCAGUGUUAAGGCGUUUUAAUAACAAAUAAGUUGUAACAUCUCUGGAGCUGUUUUCAGUAGCUGUGGUGUCUCCGUGGCUGCUGUAGUUGACUACGUCUCAUGUACUGCUUCAACCGUCGGUGGCAGGCGGGGCAGCUGCCGGUAUCACGAACCAAAGUGCUGCAGAGAACAUGGCUUCAUGGGUUUAGUGCAAGGACUUUUUCUGUUUCACUGGUAGCAACAACCACGAUGCAUUAACACGCUUUCUGUUGUGUGCCUGUUUACUCGUUACAUAGGAACAACUGCAGUGAAAAAGGUGGGAUGUAUCAAAUAAUCAACCCCUGCACCUCCCACCUCAACAGCACCGUGGAGCGAGCCCUCAGGAAUUAAGUCUUUUUUUCCCCUUUGUUUAAUUAUGCCAGUUAAGAUGGCCAUAGCAGGUUUAUUUAUGACUACAAAACAUGCACGUUUGGGUUAAAACAGAUCAUUGUUGGGGCUCACACUGCAUGCAGCUCCAACAGAGGCAUUUUACUGACAGGAUGACCCCCCCCCCCCCUCCUUCUGCUCAAACAGAUAAUCUAUCUGUUGAUGUGCUCGAAAUUAUCUAAACAUUGACUGGCUCUUGUUUAGUUUAUGCAAGCACAACCAUCAAAUAGUCAUAAGGGCAUGUAUAGUGUUGAAUGGUAUGAUGUUAUGAGUCAUAGAGGAAGAGAUGAUAAGAAGGGCGAUAAGAGAUACUGUUCAACAAAAAUAUUACUUUUUCUCGUAAAAGCCUGCAGAGAAAUUCUCCUGCAACAUUAGUUUAAAUCAACUUGCAUCAGCUGCUAUUUGAGCUUCCUGGGAUUCAAAGUAACGUGACAGUUGUUUAUUAAAUAAAGCACUUUUUCCACCAUGUAAAAGCAAGAACGAGCUAGUUUGAAAUCACUAAUCACCACAGGAUGUCAAAAUUCAAACCUGUUACAGCAGAAAGGUUCUUUCUGUUUUUUUUUAGAUGCUUUUGAGCUCUUUCCUCAUUGCCAUAAUUUGUCAUUUAGUUAUCGAGUAAGAGAGUAAGGACAAUUUUACACAGGUGUUUGCUUUUAAAAAAAAAAAUUUGUGCAUAUGUAUAUAUCUUAAAUUACGCUCCAUUUUAAAGGUUUAUUAAUGAUGCACAUCACUGAUUAAAACACUAAAGCUUGUUUGCUCAAGUUACAAUCCGCGUGUGAAGAUUUCCAUCAUCCUCUGCGAUUGAACCAUAUUUUAAGUCAUCGGGUUCCAGUUGUUUGCUGUUUAAAGUCACCUGUCAGUAACUGCUCUUAGGUUGUUUUUUUUUUAUAUUUUUAACUUUCCGUGUGUGCUCCAGCUGUUUGCUGGAAUUGAGAUUAUUGGAAGAAAGAUUAGACUUCAAUCCAAAUGUCGAUAUGGAUAGCAUUAUUUUUUUCUGUUUAUAUUCGGUGUUUGAUGAUAUUGACAUCCAUUUUUACAGAAGAGCAGAAUGGAUAAAUGCUGCUGCUGUGUUUAAAAUCAAGAAAUACUUUUUAAAAACCUGUGAUUUUCGUUAACAAAUGACCUAAAAUUUGAAUGAAGGCUCAUUUUGGUCUUCAGGUGUCAGGAUCUAGCGGGCUGUUUUCUCCUUUUCCCUCUAAAAUAAUACUUAGCAGUCAUGGAUUAUGUAAAGAUAAUAAAAGUUUAUGUUAAGUUCAUCUAUAUAUACAUUUUCUUUCUCAGCAAAUAGGUCAGUUAGUGGGUUUUUUACCAGGUAACAAGGCUUGUGUCGGGGAACAUGAAUCCAAACUUUCAAAGUUUUUUUUUUUUAAAGCUUAACGUGCAGUUAAUUUAUUAGCUCUUUCUAAUCUUGAGAAAUUUGGCUGAUGAUGGUAGAAUACUCGCCAAGGUGCAUCAUGUUAAGUAACCCUCUAAUACAGCCGACACAGUUGCACUUUGACCCAGCUUUUAAUCUUUUGUAUUUAUGAUAAACCGGUUAGAGUUUGUAGAAGUGCAAUGAUUUAAGCCACAUUUACCGAGAGGGAUAAUUGUGACGGACAUAAAAGACAAGGCUUUUAGGUCUGGAACCGGCACCACUCAAAAUGCCAGGUAUAUUUUGUAGUCCUGUCUAUGAGAGGAGACGGUACCUUUUACUUGGACCUGAAUCUCCAUAAUAAAUUAAUUAUCAGCAAUCGUCCAACUUUAAAUCUCCCCCCAAUCCCUCUUAAGACUUAACAAAUUAAAAUGUAAAUUUUUCUCCCUUCUUUUUGUCUAAAAACCUAUAAAAGCUGAAGUUAAGGCAGCUGGCAGGAAGCGCUUUAAUGCCAAAGCAAGCUACCCGUUAACUGGGGAACUGGGGAACUGCUGGCUGUAACUUGUUAUCCCCCCACCCAGAAAAGCCGACCCGUACAACAACAUUAAUCUAAUUGAUGCUUUUUUUAUCAUUAGUUCAUACAUGACAAGUUUGACUCCGGACGACGUCAGAGGUCUUUCUGCCGGAAAGAUGACGUACUUGUGCUUUAUCUUCAUAAAGUUGAGAAGAAAUACAUUUUGAACAUCUCUUCACAUUAAAUAAGUGUGACCUGUGAACACACCCCAGGAUUUUGACUGUAGAAGAGUAGGAGCAGGUUUGACUAGAGGAAAAACAAAAAACGUCUGCUCCAACGAACGAACGAUGUUUCGAAAGUCCGUAAGAACACGAGUUCACUCAAAUAUUGUAAGCUGCACUGCAUUGCAAAUAUAGUGCAGCAUACAGUAUUUACAGCAUACGGUGGUUGUAAUUAUUGUGUAGUACGUCACCAUAAACAUGCUCUGACAAAACCAGAAAUUGACCACUAUUUAAGGUAGACUGGUUAAUUGCAUGCUGGACAUUUUUCUGGAACUAGCGCACCGUCCAGAUAUGUCCUGCACUCUGUGGAUUUUGUACUUGAAAUACUGCGUACUACGUAUUCUAGGUCAAAGUUUUGCAUCUGAACAAUGUGGGUGGAUAUAAUAGAAUAAAUGUACACGGUGGCAUUUAGUGAGUUUUGAAAAGUUCAUAAUGAGAUAUGCAUCGCACUUUUGAAUAAUAGCCAUUUGCGUUCCCAGGUGAAGGUCUGAACUUCUUCAAAAUUGUAUUUUCAUUCAGUUUCAGUGAUUUCUUGCACAUUGAAAAGGCUCGUUUUUUUGCCAACAGACUAUUGAACUGGGAAAUAUUCCUGAAACCACGAGCAACCAGGAACUUGGGAUUGUGGGAAAUACUAUGUAUGCACUGCGGUUAACAGGCGACAUUGGCGUCGCCGAGCUGCUCUCCCUCUGAAAGGAGGCGUGUCCAUCUGCAGCAGUGGGGGACCAAUAAGAGCCAACUGCAAGACAGCCACUAGGAAGGUCAUUCAUUUCACCUGUGACAUGUCAAGAUGUUUGCUGUGGCUCGUGAAUGUAUUUUUGACUGUGGUUCACAAGAACCCGCGCGUACCCGUUUAGAUUCUCGAGCACGUCGUCAGCUCUUAGAAAGGCCACUAAUACAUUGUUUUGUGGUGUAAGUUUCUCUUUUGUUCACCCACUACUUUAACAACAAGAGAUGAUAAUCAUUACUGUGACAGUAUGUAUCCUGUGUUUUGAUAUGUUUGAGGGGAAAUAAGUGCAAUGAGAAAUACAAAUAAAAAUCCUUGUGCAAUUUUGAGUUUUCUCAUGAGAGAAAUACUGGAUAUCUUUUAAAUGAUAAUAGUUUCAACAGCUGAGGUAGUUCAGGAUACUCCAGCGCAGUGUUAGGAAGUCUUGAGUGGUGAUUACUUAACUAUUCCCACAAAUGGAGUAUGUUUUUGCUCGUGUUAGAGCACGUAGUUAUGCGUGUGAGCUUUUCAUUUUACUGGAAAAAUGCGAGCAUGGCUGUGGUUCAGAGGUUAACCACGGUAUCACGGCAGCAUUUCACUCACUCAAGUUCUCCCUGAAUUUUACAGCAUUUGGCUGCAGUGGUCAUGACCAUGUCGGUACGUCCAGCGGUGGACGGUGGGAUGUCUUAAUGUCUGUGUAACUGAUGUAAUGAUUAAAGUUUUCUGGUCCUCAAUUAAUCUUGUUUGUUGUUUUUUAUGUGUUGAGUCAGACGGCACAUGUGAAACAGACAAAAUCUGUUUGCAAUUAGUUUGGAGAUUUAAAUCUCAGAGAAUUGGUGAAGGGGAACUUGCAGGAUCCCUGACGUCAUCAUGGAGACGACCACUCACCCUGUUUAAGCUCAUUUAAUCUUGAAUCGCACGUUAUGAGCUGUGGUAACGCCUUAUGUGUUGUUGCACAAAAGAUGUUGUAAAAUGCUACACAAUGCCAUUACAAAACUAAAGUAAUGAACCUCUCGUGCAUCACAACUAUUAAUCAUAAAUCUGGAAACAUUUCACAAAAAUACUGCAGCAUUUGGAAAUAUCCACAUAUGACAUUUCAUUAAAGGUAGGGUAGUCAAUUCUUAUCCAGAACAUUUUCUUAAAACCACAGUUGUUUAGCUUCCCCUUUUCUUAUGUGAAGCAAAAAUAGAAAAUAUCCCUGUCUCUGUAAAUUGAAACUGUAACAAACAUUUCUCCAGCCAAUCACUGACAGGGGGAGGGUCUUUUGGAGGAAGGCCAGAGAGGAGCAAGCUCUGUUUUGCUGAUGUUUGUCAUAAACAGCAAAUGUGAUUUUUUU